UUCCAGUUUCCAGUUAGCAGCUGUGUUUUCCGGCAGACAGUCUGCUGCUGAGCAGGCUCGGACAGUCUCCUUCUGUUCCACAUUACAAUGAUACAGCCUCCUCUCUGCUGCUGUGUGUGGAAGGGUCCUGCUCCUCUCUGUCCGUGCUGAUGACUGUGACGUAGCCAUGAGCGCCCCCUGCUGGACUCUAACCUCUACCUGGUGACAGAACCUUGGACCUGUACUUUCUGUCACCUUCCCGUGUUCAGUCCUCUCUCUCACUGUAACACGGUCGGCCAUGUUGGAUGCGUAGAAGAAGAGCCGUCCAAUCGGAAGGCCAGGAUGACCAGCCUGUUCAGGCGCAGCAGCAGUAACGGCGGCUCGAGGAGCGGGGGCGGCGGCGGAGGUCAGGGCCAGCUCAACAACAGCAGGUCCAACCGGCAGGUCCGACGGCUGGAGUUCAACCAGGCCAUGGAGGACUUCAAGACCAUGUUCCCCUCCAUGGACUACGAGGUGAUCGAGUGCGUGCUGCGCUCCAACAACGGAGCCGUGGACGCCACCAUCGACCAGCUGCUGCAGAUGAGCAUCGACGGGCACGGCUCCGAUGACAGCUCCGACUCGGAUGACAGCAUCCCAGCAGAGAUUCUGGAUCGAACGCUGGAGCCCGACAGCUCAGACGAGGAGCCGCCUCCAGUCUACUCCCCGCCGACGUACGACAUGCACAUUUAUGACAGGAAGUACCCGGAGGCCCCGCCCACUCCCCCGCCGAGGUUUGAAGCAGAACCACCUCCAGGUCACCAGCAGGUCAGAAGUUACCGUAACUGGAACCCUCCUUUGCUCGGGAACCUCCCGGACGACUUCCUGCGGAUCCUGCCGCAGCAGCUGGACAGUAUUAAGAGCUCUCAGAGCAGCCUCUCCCAGCCCUCGUCCUCCUCCUCCUCCUCAGUCUCUUCAGUGGGCCAGUGGACAGCCGGGUCUGGUUCUGCGUCAGGAGCUGCAGGGACCACAGGAGGUCCAGGUCUGAACUCAGGAGCUACAGAACAAGACAAGAAGCUGAAGCAGUAUCUGGAGGACGAGCGGAUUGCUUUGUUCUUGCAGAACGAGGAGUUCAUGAGAGAGCUGCAGCGCAACCGCGAGUUCCUCAUUGCCUUAGAGAGAGAUCGCUUGAAGUAUGAAUCAAAGAAAUCAAAGUCCAAUCAUUCAUCUAGCAUGGAGAGUUCCACAGGAGAGCAGUGCUCUGCGGCUUCAAUGGACGCCGUCUCAGAUGACGCCAUGUUCAGGGACAAACUCAAACACAUGGGAAAAUCUACAAGAAAGAAGCUGUUUGAAAUCGCCAGAACGUUCUCAGAGAAGACGAAGAGGAGAAAGUCUAAACGGAGGACGCUCCUGAAGCACCAUUCACUGGGCACCGCCAAC